AUGGAUAAUUUACCACAAGAACCAUUCAAAUUAGAAAUAAUAUCCAGUUUUCCACUUCAAAUGGCGAUUUAUUUCAAUCUUUGUUUCUACCCAAUGCAUUUGAUUAAUCUAUGUCUAUCUCUGUAUUUCAAGUAUAAACUUCUUACAUUAACCUAUCAAGUAAUUGCAUUUUCUGCUUGUUUAGUUCAUUUGGGUAGUGAAGGAGUUCGAUUAGGUCUCGGCUUUUAUGGGAAUUUAUCAGAAAAUAUGUCCGCUCUUUUUGGAUUUCUCAUCACUUCGAUUAUUAUUCAAAUUCCGCUUACAGUAUUCCUCGCUGUAAAUGGUGCGUUCAUGAAUUUACCACUCGAAUACGUGUUCUAUACUCUUAUUGUGAUAUUCAGUGGGUUUCAGACAGUCUUCGCCAUUCAGGCUCUGAUGAAAACAGCUGAACGGGAAGUGGCGAAGUACAUCAACAAAAUUCAACAGGAGUCAAUUGCAGCAGAAAAGGAGGCCGCUGCUGUUAAAUCUCCUAAACUAGGAAGGAAACUGACCCAAACAAAGAAAUCGUAG